AUCUAAAGGUUCAUCCCAACGAGUCGAGAUGUUCUUCAGCUGCUUCCUACUGCUCUUGGCAACUAAUGUCCUGUCUGCAGGACGAGUACCCCAACCGGAAGAACGCAUUAUCGGUGGAGAUUACAUUAAAAUCGAACAGGCUCCCUGGCAGGUUUCCUUACAAAUCUUUGGACAACAUGCUUGUGGUGGCUCCAUUUACAGCAAAGAUAUUAUUAUCACUGCUGCACAUUGCCGUUUUACAAGCGAAGGAGUACGACUUGGGGCUGAGAUCUUUACCGUUCGAGUCGGAUCAACACUAAACAAUAUCGGCGGAAGAGUUGUCCAAGUUGCGGCCAUUAAAUCCCACGAAUCUUUUAUUAUUACUGGAACUCACAACGAUAUUGCCGUGAUGCGAUUGAGUGAGCCACUUGAGUUUACCAACGCAGUACAACCGAUUUCUUGGGCCGAGGAGAAUCCUGCUCUUGGAACGUUCGCAUUCAUAUCUGGCUGGGGAGCAAUUUUAGCUGAGCCUAAUUUUGCGAUUCACCCUAUUAAGCCGAUGCUUACACUUUCUACACAUCUUAAAGGCGUAGAGGUGCAGAUCAAUGUGGGAAGCUUCGCUGGAACAACAUAUCCUAUAGCUCCUGAUUUAAUUCACGCCGGAUAUAUUUGGCAAACUACAUGUGCUGGCGACUCUGGUGGUCCUCUGGUUGUUAACCAACAACUUGUGGCUGUCGUCGCCGAAGGCCCGAAAUAUUGCAACGGGACUUCAAUUUACACCAGUGUUCCUUACUUCCGAGAAUGGAUCUUAAAUGCCAUUGAAUCUAUUGAAUAAAAUGUAAAAAGCUAUAAAAAAUAAAUAGAAAUUCUAUAGCAAAA